AUGGAGUCGGAUUUGACGAAUUCGAUUUGCUUUCGUUUUGGGAACAUUGUUUCAACUGUGAACCUAGAUUGUAAGCUCGACCUCAAAGCUAAAAUCGUUUGGGGCUUGGUUGUUAGGUGUGAUGUGACUGUAUGGAAUCGAACUAAGAGCAAAUGUGAUUCUCUCAUUGGAUUAGGAGCAAAGUACAAGUCUUCCCCUGAAGAAGUGACUGCGGCUUGCGAUGUCACAUUUGCGAUGCUAGCAGAUCCUGAAAGUGCAAUUAAUGCAGAAGAUGUAUUACAACAGAUUGAUGUUGCAUGUGGAAAGAAUGGAGCCGCAUCUGGAAUUAGUUCAGGAAAAGGGUACCCAAUCUUUCACGUUGUAUUUAAGCUUUGCCUCAUUGUUUCUACUGAAUGCUCUUCUAAUGUUUCAAGAUAUAUGCAUUGUGUUAUGUAUGUUGAUGUCUCAACCGUUGAUGUUGCCUCAUCGAUUUUAAUUAGCAAGUGUAUAAAAGAUGCCGGAUCAUCAUUUUUGGAGGCCCCAGUUUCGGGUUCCAAAAAGCCUGUCGAAGAUGGGCUAUUCCUCACAGCAGGUGACAAGCCGCUAUACGAAAAAGUUGCUCCUUUCUUAGACAUCAUGGGAAAGUUUGUUAUGAUAUUUAAUUUAUAUGUAGAUAACUCAUAA